AUGGCGGGAGAGGCGGCGGCGAAGGUGCAGGUCGUCGGAGUGAUUGGAGCGGGGCAGAUGGGGUCAGGGAUCGCGCAGCUGGCUGCGGUCGCGGGGAUCGACGUGUGGCUGCAGGACACCGAUCGGGCCGCUCUUGAUCGAGCUGGCGACGCCAUCUCCGAUUCCAUCCGCCGGCUGGCGUCCAAGGGGCAAAUUCCCCAGGUCAGUCCUUCCAUAUUCUCGCUUCUCCGUUUUUCCAUUUUCUUCCGUGAGUCGAUCAUUUUUUGAUAGAACUCAGCGUUUGAUAAUUGUUUUGUAACAAGGAUGCCAUCCGUGGUGGAAUGAAUCAGUUUUUUUAUGUUAUAGUAAUUGGAUUGGAAUUGGAUGCUUGAUCGAUCCUGAUUCUAUCCGUGUUUAAAUUUUUCCUAUUUUCGGGGUGUAGUUGGGAGUUGAAGGUAUUGUAACUGCAAGCAGAGAGAGAUGGCUUUAAUCCCGUAUAACAGAAGUCUAUAACCUUACCCUUAGACUAAAUGAUAAGAAACGACUUUAACAUUAGGAGAAAAAUUUCGCAUACGAAAGCAUAAAAAGAGAUAAUGAAAGGGACAAAGGACGGAUUCACGUAAAGCUAAGAGGUCGAAUCUUUAACCAGAAGAACAGAUCCUUGUGAAAAGAUAGAAUAAGAGAGGAUAUUAUCUAUAAGGACAGAUGACAUAAAUUGUGAGAAAAAGAAAGGAUGCACGAGAGAGUGAGGGUGAUAAUCUGCUGCUGUAAAGAUGCAUGAAUGUGUCCCAAUCUAGCUUCUUACUUUUUCUUUGAUUGAUAAGCUUGAAAUUUAUAAUAAGCAAUAAGGUGAUGAAUCACCCAGGUGUAUGAUGUUGGACUUUUGCAACCAAGAGAUAUUGAAUAAUGAAAUUAUACAAUCCACUUAGUCUAAAAGCAUGCAUCCAGGAGGGGAAUGAUUAUAUGUCUAUGGACUCCUAUCCAUGGAUUGAAUUUGAAGCUUUGAGAGAUGUCAUGAAGUCAUUAAUCUAAGAGGUUGAUAUGAAUUCCCAGUCUAAAGCAAAGAUACACCGGCAGAUAAAGGACCACAAUCAAAAAAGAAAAUAAUUGUUAAAGGGGCCACGAAUAUCCAGUUUGCUGCUUCUGGCAUAGUAUGUUUCCGUGCCAAAAGGAUUAAAACUGGUGAAAGACUUGGUUAUCGAAUUAACUGGAUAUUUCAUUUUCAGAGCUGCAUAAAUUCUGAAUGAACAGUAGUUUCAUGAUUCGAAAAAUCCGUCACUCAUUAGCAGUCCAUUCUCUUUUUAGGCACGACAUCAUUUAUGAUAGUGGUUCUGACUUGGCGUUCAAUUUCAAGUUUAUGUAAAACUCAUAAACUGAGAUGAGAUACAUAAUUAUACAUAUAUAUUCACAUAUGUAUGCAUAUCUAUGCUUGCAUGUGUAUAAGAAUAUGUAUGCGUAUAUGCAUAGAUGUAUAUUGCGAAGGGUAUUCACUUCAGGCUUCUCCCAGAUAUAAUGAUUUCUAUCAGAUGCAUUCGUUGCUUCCUGCACUUUGUGAAAUUCAAGUUCUUUUAUUCACUCACAUGUUGAAAUCUGAUGUUGAGUAUACUUGGUAUCAGUAUUUGUUCAUCUGGAUGAAAAAAAACUUGCCACUGAUGUAAAUCAUUGCUUUUGUUUUUUUUUUCUUUUCAGUCAGGAAUUUCAGAGGCUUUGAACCGUCUGAGAUUCACUUUGGAGCUGAAUGAUCUUCGAUCUGCUGAUGUUGUAAUUGAAGCUAUUGUGGAGUCUGAAGAUGCAAAACGCAAAUUAUUCUCAGAACUAGACAAGAUCACUAAAGCUUCUUGCAUUUUGGCAUCUAAUACUAGUUCGAUCUCCAUUACUCGCUUGGCUUCACAAACUCAACGCCCAUCUCAGGUUUGCCUUCUGUGGAUUACAUCAUGAUUGGCAUUCUGUAAAAGUGAAGUUCACUGUAUGAUUGGCUUUUAAGUCUGGACUCCAUUGGGAAAAAAAUCCGAUUCUGCUAAGAUCAAAACAUUCAUCAUCUCUGUUGCAAUAAUUCCAAAUGUUAUUUCCACCACCAGCAAUCAUUGAUACAAUUCUCAUUUUAAAAAUAUGCAAUGCUUUUGUCCAAGGUCAUCAUACUAUUUUUCUCCAAAAACAAAAGUCAUUUGUACAUCAUAGAGUAGCCUUUUUUUCUAGGAGUGAUGCAACUACUGCCCGUAAAAAUCUUAUCCACCUAAAAAAAUUCCACUAGAGCUUUCAUGCUUGUCAUUUUUAUGAUUUUAAUUCUUUUAAGGGCACAUAUGAAUUUAUAUUUUUCAGUGUCAGAACUUCUUAUAAAUGUGGUAGAAAGCUUAGAUUCUUCUGUGAAAGUAGAAAUGCAAUUAAUUAGUUAUAUCAGUUUUUGAUAUAAAUACACUGGUUGAUUGCAGACCUGGUCUAGUUAGAAGCACAGAAGGAUAUUUUUGAUAUAUCAGUUUUAAAAAUUCAUCAUACCGUGAACAAAGAGAUUGAAUACACAUUCCUCCUUGAUCCAUAUAUUUAUCGAUUUGAAGUGGGUUUUAAGGAUUCUUAUAUCUGCACGUUGCAGAGAAAUCCAACACACCAUAUGUUGAAGAGAUAUCAUUGUUCUCCACAUGCUCAUGGCAAGCCAUAAUUUCCCCAUAUUUGUCGUUGAGUUUUGACCGUAGGUUUCCUCGUGUGUCAGUUCCUUCUUCUAUCCACAUCUAAAGCUUACAAAACUCUGAAGGAAUUUUCUGAUCUGAUUCCUUAAUUCCAUGCAUUGCAAAGGUGAUAGGCAUGCAUUUUAUGAACCCCCCUGCAAUCAUGAAGCUGGUUGAGAUCAUCAGAGGCACACAGACAUCAGACGAGGUCUUCGCUACUGUCAAGGCACUGGCAGAGAGGUAAUACACAUGGGUUCCUCUCUGCACCUGGGCAACUUUCGUUAUCCUCUCCACUUCUCCUCGUUUCACCUGGGCAUAUGUCGACAUAUUUGAACAUCCUAUAGCCUUGGUUGACCACCCCUGAGUUCGUCAGUGGACUAAACGAAGGUAUGCUGUAUCAGAAUCCCUCAAGUCAACGGAUCAGAUGCUCUGGAUCAAAGACAGUUUUCCUUUUAAGAUCGAAAUAGUUUCACCACACCCUCAAUGAAAUUAGUAACAUAUACACGAAAUAAGGUUUUUUAUUGCCAUUUCUGAGUGUACGAAAAGAGCACCCCUGCUUAUAUUUUAAUUUCUAUAAUAAUUUAUUUCCCUUCGCACUCAAAUCUGAAAGUGAGGCAACCAACUCCAUUAAUGAAUAUCAUGUGAUCUGCUACAUACUCUGCUCAUUCUUUUUCUGCCCCCUAGUUAUCUGAACUUUACUCAGGAUGGCAUGGCAUCAUCAAGUCCCAUUUUAACUCUUGUGCACGUUGACUGACUGAAGACAUCAUCUUGUGGACGCUAAUUGAUCCUGAUGCUGAUCGAAUGGUCUGGAACGACAAGUGCGCACAUUCUUUUGCUGCAAUAUAUAUAUAUAUAUAUAUAUAUUGCAUGGUCCUCUUUUUUUUUGAAGUAUAUCUAUCAUCUUCAUGCACUCAAUGAAUUUAGUGACAUAUACACUUCAUAAGAUUUUCACGUAAAUAGCAGAUAAAUAUGUUUCCUGCCAUUUCUUGGCACAAGACAAGAUCAGUGAGCAUGAUAUUUUAUUUCUUUAAGAAGGUUUAUUCAUGUUCGACACUCAAAACUCUGAAACUGGGGCAACACUACCUCCCCUCCUCGAUGUGGACCAAAUUCUGCAGGUUUGGGAAGAACAUCGUGUGCUCUCGGGACUUCCCCGGGUUCAUAGUGAAUCGGAUCCUCAUGCCAAUGAUCAACGAGGCCUUCUACGCCCUCUACACGGGGAUCGCAACCCGAGAGGACAUCGACAUGGGGAUGAAGCUCGGCACCAACCAGCCAAUGGGGCCCCUCCAGCUGGCAGACUUCAUUGGCCUGGACAUCUGCUUGUCGGCCAUGAAGACGCUCCAUGGUGGCCUGGGUGGCGACAGGUACAGCCCUUGUCCUCUCCUCAUACAGUACGUCGACGCUGGCUGGCUAGGGAAGAAGAGGGGAAGGGGUGUCUAUUCCUACACUGACCAGGGUAACAAGCCCUCGCCUAGGAUGUAG